AUGCCAAACGAAAUCGAUCUUAAGCCAGAAAUCAGUCGGGCAGCUCUUAAACUUCCCCAAUCUUGGCAUAAAAAAGCCGAUUUAUGGUUUAUAAAUAUCGAGGCCCAGUUUAAACUCGCUGAUAUAUCGCAAGAUACUACUAAGUAUUACGCAGUGGUUUCAGCUUUCAACUCGGAAGUGUUAGCGUACGUGAGCGAUAUCGUUAAAAACCCUCCUAGGGAAAAUUUAUAUCAAACACUAAAAGAUCGACUCAUAGCAAAAUUUUCCCAUUCCGAACAAAAACGAGUGAAAGAUUUGCUGUCUAAUGCCGUGUUGGGAGAUGAUAAACCAUCUCAUCUUUUACGCAAAAUGCGACAACUAGCUAGUAAUAAAGUCGGGGAGGAAUUUUUAAGAACGCUAUGGAUUCAGCGUUUACCCAAAGAAACUCAGGCGAUUCUUUCUGUUUCUGAUGGGGAUUUAGACAAAUUAGCCCAAAUGGCUGAUAAAAUUCUCGAGCUCACACCUUUGCAAAUAGCUAAAACUAAUUUAGAAAGGAACGAAAAUAAUACACACGCGGCCAUAAUGAAGCUCCAAACGCAGGUCGCUGAGUUAACUGAGCAAGUUAAUCGCCUAGCAAGGCCCAGCGACAGACAAUCACGCGAUUAUAGACACCCCUGGAAUCGUCAGCGUUCGCAGACACCUGUUCGACCCCAGGCAAAAGAUCUAUGCUGGUAUCACGCGAAGUUCGGUGAUGAAGCAAAUAAAUGUAAGGCCCCUUGCAAAUUCCGAGCAGGGAAAUUAGCUCGGAAAUCACACGUGGCGCAAAGUGAUUUCCAAAUUAACAACACAAGCCGCCUAUUCGUUUACGAUCCAACCUCACGUCGUCACUACUUAAUCGACAGUGGUAGCGACAUUUGCGUUCUACCAUAUAACGCCGCCAUGGCAUUAAGAGCACCCGCCUCAUUGACACUUUAUUCGGCAAACAAUUCCCCGAUAAAGACUUACGGCACAAAACUCAUAACCGUGUCCCUAAACUUAAGGCGCCAAUUUACGUGGCCUUUUGUAAUCGCAAACGUCAGCAAACCAAUAAUAGGCGCCGAUUUUAUAAGACACUUCGGUCUCCUGAUCGACUUAAAAAACGCCCGCAUUACAGACCCAUUAACGUCCUUGACAACGACAUGA